UUCUGAUGCUUCCUGUUUCAAACUGGUUUCUCGUGACAAAUCCUAUGACACUUGGACCUGGUGUUUGUGGAUAAAACACCAGCAGGUGUGCAAUCAUGGCAAGCAACAAAUUCCAGAUCGUGGUGCAGGGAGAGGCAUCUGAGACGGACUCGGAUGAUGAAGUGUGCAUCACCUCUGCUCCUCCUGUCCAUGCAUCAUCAUCAUCAUCAUCAGGGAUGAAGGUGGCAGGAGAGGCGUCCGAGACCGACAGCGAGGACGAGGAGGAGAGAGCUCGCAGACUAGCCUUAGAAAGCCAUCAACAGAUGCUCCGCAAAGACCUGCCUCCUCUCAUCGUGAUCAGAAACACACCUGCGACUGCGUCCGGACAGGAGGACAGAUCGUCGCCUCUGUCCAGACCUGACUCAGGUAGGUUUAACUCGUUACUCCAGCAGAAACUGCAGGAGAGCAAUGCGCGGUUGUGCAUGGACGUCAAUCAAAGCCUGAAACAGGUGUAUCAGAACGCAGCACGGGACAUAAGACAGGCCACCGCUCACCUCAACAACUCUCAGACAGGCAUCAUCAACGCGUCCCACAGCAUUAGGCUCAUACUGGAGGACCUGAAGUCAGUGUCUGAGAAGAUCGACAUCAUUACCAGCUGUCAUCUGCUGCCGGACAUCACCAUGCCAAACCCGCUGUCUGAACAAUCCCAAUCAAGGGCUCAGGAGCUUGAUGAGAUGGCUGCAUGUAUAUAAAAAUGACAAAUUCUGUGAAAUAUUAUUGCUAAAUAUGGGCCUGCUGUUGGCCUGUUGAAGGUCCAAUAUUAGCAGCAGCUUGGAUACAUUUUUAUGAAUUUCUUGUGUGCUACAUAUAAAUAGUAUUUGACCAACAUGGUCAUUAUCAGUUAUUAUCAAUUAAUAACAUGAAAAUUUGGUUGGAGUGAUUAGUUGAAUGCACUGAGGAAACA